AUUGCACGACGUGGGAGGACUGGCAGGAUCGCGCCAUAUCCCGGAGGAAGAGCGGCGGGAGAAUGCGUGAGCGUGGAAAUCAGGGGCGCUGAAGCAGAAGAGGCGGUUGAAAUAAAAGGAACUGGAGCCCCAAACUAUUGUCCCUUCAGUUGGCUCACCUACAACGAUUCUUCCAACAAGAUCUUCAAGAAAUUCAAGACCUGGAAUGAUGCAGAGAUGUUCUGCGUGGACCAGGAGACGGGCUGCCACCUGGCCUCCAUCCAUGUUGCGGCAGAGAUGCUUCAGUUGGCCCAGUAUGUCUCCCAGCAUCUCAGCAUUAUCAAUGUCUGAUUGAAAUGAAAAAUGAGAGCCAUCAUUCCUACAAAACCUGGGACUGUAUAAUCAUUACAGGAGGAUCAUCUCACAGUGAAAGAAACAAGCUCCACCUUAACCUGCUUCCAAAAGGCUGUCGAUGUCACAGGACGUUAGGCUUUUUGUUGCUUGUUAUCAAACUUCUACCCCAUCGCAGCCAGGUGGCCGAUUUAUUAAAAACCCAUCACAAUCACAAGAACAGCGUAAGAAACCCAGACGAAAACUCUCAAAAACAAAAUAAACAAAAGAUAACUCUAAGAAUCAAAGUCAGAAAUGAAAAGUAACAGAGAAGGGGAAAAGAUGGCCUCAGAUAUAAACUUGAGAACCAGUCCUGCAAAAGAAUUCAGUUUUUAACAUUUUCCUGAAAGCCGGUCUGACCUCUGGGAAAGCGGGGGGUCCUGAGGAAGAGAGGCCUCCUCCUGACCUCAAGAGCCCCCCAACCUCGUCCAAGUGGAGAAUCCCCCACUUUGAGCACCACCCAGCCCUCGUUGAGGCAAUCCAAAGCCUGUCCUCAUUCCUGCCAGAUCAGGAGAUGAGGAGGAGGAGGGUUUUGACAGAUGGUUAGACCAAGGACAUUGGCCAUCUGUCCAACCCUGCUCUGGUUUUGCAGAAGCGUUUUGCACAGUUCUUUGCUGCCCUCCCGUGGCUGAGCAGAGCUUGACAGGCAAGGUCUGGUAGCCGUGGCCUCACUUGACUGCUAGCUAGUUCUCUGCGUGGCAACAACCUGCUGAAGGCCAAGCCCGUUCUAGCCAAUUAGAUUCUCCCGCUGUGGUUGCCAUGGCCUGGUAUCCUCAUGUCCUCCCGCCAACAAGGCUGGAGCCAGAGAAAUGCCUCUCUGGGACUCUGAUGGAGCCACUGCGAAAGGGGAUCCAACCUUCUCUUUUGCUGCCCAGGGUACAUCUACUGGAACGAUGAGAGCUGCAAUUCCCUGCGUGCCUUCCUUUGCAAGUACCCACUCCAGCCCCAGAGUGAGGGAAGCACUGGGGAGGCUAGGGGA